AUGGUCGGCUGCUUUCCUAAGUUGUCCUUUCUUCUGGCAAAGAAGCCUGCUCAGAAACAGGCUUCUAACGUUAUUGACUUCGCCAACAUCGCCGACACGGCUGGAACCAACGACGCCAACGACGCCAUGUCAAAGCCCGACAAGUACAAGACCCCCUCCGAGAAGGGACUUGCCGUCCCCGGCACUGCCAGCAGCUCGGGUUGGAAACCGUACACCAUCCCCUACACCGGCACUGGCAUCAAGCGUUCCGCCAGCAGUACCAACUGGGCCUCUCAGAGUUCCCCACAGGCAGAUGGCUUUGCCGUGGCUUCUCACGCCGCGCCGCCUUUGUACAUCACCGGCGACCCAAAGAAGAAGGGCCAGCCUGCCGACAAGAAGGGAAAGCAGCCUGCCGGUAGCAUGGACAAGAAGUACAAGAAGGCUGCCGACGAAACCCACAUGUUCAAGGGUGCCUAUAUUGCAAGCCGCGUGAAGCCUGAGGACCGUCAGCCGAUCGAAUAGGUUACAACGUUACAACGUGGAUUCUCCUUACCUUCAUAGCAGGAUUCUAUGCGCGUCUUACCUCAAUUCUCUGGAUUGAACGUCGCAGCUGAUCCCGUAAAGGGUCAUUUUGAUACUAG